GUGGAUUCGGUCGUGUCGGGUGGACGCGUUUCUUUGCUUACUUGCCGUAGACCCGUGGGGCACAGAGUUUUGUCCAGGGACCAGACCAGAGCAAGAUCAUAUCGGUUAAGGACCGCGGGCUGGUGUUGCUGGUGUUUUGCCGUGAGUGUGACAAGGAGGGCCUGAGAGUGUGGCGUGUGUAUAUGAAAAAAAGAAAAUUAGUACAAAGUGAAACAACAGUAGCAUAAAAAGAAAACAAAAUACAAAAAAAGAAUCAAAAGUGCAACGACAAAAAAAAGUUACAAAAAAAUCAAAGAAAAGUGUUAAAAAAAGAAGAAAGUUCAAAACAAACCAUCGUCGACGAAUCGGAAAGGUGAUCAACUCUGGAAAUAGUUCCAGACAACCGGAGAGUGAAGCCAUACGCACACCUGUAGAGAGAGAGGGAGAUCGAGAGAAGGAGCAGAGGAAGAUUUAAUUUUUCGGUGUAUGCUGAGCUGUGUGGCUUUUAUGAAGAUUGUCAUAUCUGGGUGUCUGAGUACAAGGACGUUAUAUUAACGUCCUACUCAUGUAUAGUUAGUUGGCCGUAGAGAUGGCCAAACUAGAUUCGUCAUGUAUAGGUUUUGUAAUUAAUUUAUUUAUUAUUAUUAAUUUAGUUUUAAGUAGCAAUGCACAGCGAAGACCUUUCAAUAGUAAUAGGCUCGCCAGUAGGCCCGUCCACCGUGUCCACCCGUGCGAGCAGAGCAGUUGCUACCCGGCGACGGGCAAUCUGCUGAUCGGGCGCGAGAACCGCCUCCAGGCGUCGUCCACCUGUGGCAUCGACCGGCCCGAGCGGUACUGCAUCGUGUCCCAUCUCGAGGAGAAGAAAUGCUUCCUGUGCGACACGCGGCCCGAGACGGCCAACACCCCGAUGAAGAACCACCGGGUCGGCCAGAUCAUCUACAAGAACAUGCCGGGCACGCUCGAGCAGUCCUGGUGGCAGUCGGAGAACGGCAAGGAGAACGUCACGAUCCAGCUGGACCUGGAGGCGGAGUUUCACUUCACCCAUCUGAUCAUCGUGUUCGCGACGUUCCGUCCGGCGGCGAUGCUGAUCGAGCGGUCGUACGAUUUCGGCAAGACGUGGCACGUGUACCGGUACUUUGCCCACAACUGCCGGGAGGCGUUCCCGAACUCGCUGUCGGUGGCGAAGAACAUCACGGACGUCAUCUGUGACCACCGGUACUCGAGCGUGGAGCCGUCGAAGAACGGUGAGGUUAUCUACAGGGUGCUGCCGCCGAUGAACAUUGAGAAUCCGUACGCCGAGCACGUGCAGAACAUGCUGAAGAUGACGAAUCUGAGAAUCAACUUUACCCGGCUGCAUACGCUGGGGGAUACGCUGCUGGACGAUCGCCAGGAGAUUCAGGAGAAGUACUACUACGCGAUCUCGAACAUGAUCGUGCGAGGUUCGUGCUCGUGCUAUGGUCACGCGUCGCGGUGCUUGCCGCUGGAGGGAGUUAGGAAUACGAUCGAUAUGGUGCACGGACGGUGCGAGUGUACGCACAACACGAAGGGGUUGAACUGCGAGGAGUGCGAGGACUUUUUCAACGAUCUGCCGUGGAAGCCGGCGUUGGGCAAGCAGACGAAUGCUUGUAAAAAGUGCCACUGUAACAACCACGCAACGAGUUGCCACUUUGACCAGGCCGUGUACGAGCACUCGGGUCGGGUAAGCGGAGGAGUGUGUGACAACUGUCAGCACAACACCCAGGGCUAUCACUGCGAGGAGUGUGCGCCGUUCUUCUACCGGGACCCGGUCGAGGACAUCCAGAGUCCGUACGUGUGCAAACCGUGCGACUGUGAUCCGCGGGGAUCGCUGGAUGACGGCAUUUGCGACUCGUUCGGGGAUGAAGAAUCGGAUGUGGAGGCCGGAGCCUGUCACUGCAAGCGGAACGUGAACGGUAGACGGUGCGACCAGUGCAAGGAAGGCUUCUGGAGCUUUGACGAGAGCAACCCGGACGGGUGUCAGCCGUGCUCGUGUAACAUCCUGGGAACGGUUGACAACGCCGGCUGUAACGUGCACACCGGCGAGUGUAUCUGCAAGCGGUUGGUCACGGGACGCGACUGUAACCAGUGUAUUCCGGAGACGUACGGACUGUCGGAUAGCCCCGAAGGUUGCACGCCAUGCGCGUGCCACCCGGGCGGAUCGCUGGACAACCAGUGCGAUGUGAUCACUGGGCAGUGUCGGUGCCGGCCGCACAUGCAGGGUCGGGACUGUGCCGAACCCAAGCAGCACUACUUUAUCCCGACGCUGCACAAGGUGCUGGAGGCGGAGUUCCCCGGAACGAUCUGCGAUCACUACUCGUCGGUUGGCAACUGCUCCGUCGUGAUCCGCGAGCACCCGCACGAUCGCCAACCCAGCUGGACCGGCCCUGGGUUCAUCCGGGCGCACGAGGGAACCGAGCUUAAGUUUACCGUGGACGACAUCCCCAAGACGAUGAACUACGACGUGGUGGUGCGCUACUCGCCCCAGAUGAAGGGCGACUGGGAGGACAUCCGGAUGUCGGUGAUCCGACCGGACGACUACAACCCGGACGGACCGUGCGCGAACUCGCACCCCAACUACGAACGGGACAUCCACACGACACUUUCCGAGUACGAGAGCAGCGCGGUGGCGAUGCACGACGUCUGUCUGGAGACGGGGAAGACGUACAAGUUUAUCGUGUCGUUCCAGCGGCACAACCCGUACGACGACAACCCAGCGGCGCAGAUUCUGAUUGAUUCGAUCGUUCUGGUGCCGCGCAUCGAAGUGACGCCCAUCUUCCACGGUACGCCGCAGGCCGACCUGCGCUACCGCGAGUACAAGGACCUGGGCUGCAACCAGACGUACUACGACGUGAACUACGACGCCAGCGCGCGGCCCGAGUGUAAGGACCUGCUGAACACGGUCAGUGUGUUCGUGUUCAACGGAGCGACGCCUUGCGAGUGUAAUCCAACGGGAUCGACGACCAAGAAGUGCGACGAGUUUGGAGGUUACUGCGCGUGCAAGAGCAACGUUGUGGGUCGUCAGUGUGACAAGUGCGCGCCGGGAACGUACGGCUUUGGGCCGGAGGGUUGCAAGGCUUGCGACUGUAACAGCAUCGGAUCGAAGGACAACGAUUGCGACCUGGUGACGGGUCAGUGCAGCUGCCACCCGAACACGUACGGCCGGGAGUGUGACCAGUGCCAGCCGGGCUUCUGGAACUUCCCGAACUGUCAGAUGUGCGAGUGUAACGGACACACGUCGACGUGCAACUCCAAGACUGGCGAGUGCCACAGCUGUCAGGACUACACGCGCGGGUGGAAGUGCGACCGUUGUCUGGAGGGAUAUUACGGAAACCCCCUGCUAGGGUCGGAGAUUGGCUGCCGACCGUGUCGCUGUCCGGAUACGAUCGCGUCCGGUCAUUCGUACGCGAACGAGUGCCUGCUGGAUCCGAAGACAAACGACGUGAUCUGUCUGUGCGACCAGGGUUACGCCGGAGCCAAGUGUGACGUGUGCGCCGACAACUAUUUCGGCAACCCGGAACGACCGGGUGGAACCUGCCAGCCGUGCGACUGUAGCAACAACGUGGACUUGAACCAGCCGGGCAAUUGCGACGCCAAGACGGGCAAGUGCCAGCAGUGUCUGUACGAGACGGAGGGCGAUCACUGCGAGUUCUGCCGGGACGGGUACUACGGCGAUGCCCUGCAGCAGGACUGCCGGCCGUGCGACUGUAACGUGCUGGGUACGAACCAGACCAUCCAGCACUGCGAUCGGCACACCGGACAGUGCCCGUGCUUGGCGAACGUGCGCGGCCAGUACUGCGAGGAGUGUAUCGAGAACCACUGGAAGAUUGCCAGCGGCGAGGGGUGCGAGCAGUGCGGCUGCGACCCGGUGGGGUCGGUCAACGAGCAGUGUAAUCCGUACGACGGACAAUGUACGUGCAAGCAAGGCUUUGGAGGUCGCCAGUGUAACCAGUGCGAGGCCAACUUCUGGGGCAAUCCCAACGUGCAGUGUAAUCCUUGCGACUGUAACGUGUACGGCGCGGCCACUCGGCAGUGCAACCGUGAAACCGGUCAGUGCGUCUGUAACCCCGGUAUCGGAGGCUACAAGUGCGACCAGUGCGCACGCGGUUACCUAGGCGACGCUCCGUACUGCGAACCGUGCGGCGAGUGCUUCGACAACUGGGAGAUCAUCCUGGACGGACUGCGCGAAGAAACGAACCGAACGAUCGAGGAAGCGAAGACGAUCAAGACGCUGGGUGCUACCGGAGCAUACAAGAAGGAGUUCGACUCGAUGAGCAAGAAGAUCGAGGUCAUCCAAGGACUGCUGACGAACACGAUCUCCGAUCGGGAGAUCGAGGCGAUCAACGCGAACAUCGCGGACGUGAAGCAACACCUGAGCGAGUCGGCGAAGGCCGUGGAGGCGUCCGAGAAGCGACUGCAGGAGACCAGCGCGAACAUCAAGUUUGCCAACAUCGACAUCGAGGAGCUGAGCAAGAAAGCGGAGGAGGUGAAGCAGCUGGCGAACUACCUGCGCGAGAACGCCACCAAACUGCAGGAAGGCAACAUCGAGGGCGCGCUGAACUUGACGCGCGACGCCUGGAAUCGCGUCACCCAGCUGGGCGAAACCAACAUGGAGAUCCAGGAGCUGAACGACAACGCCGAGCGGCAGUGCAAGCGAACGGAGGUGCUGCUGAAGAAGAACCAGGACAACAUCGACAACCAGAACGAGAAUAUCGAGGCGGCGUUCCUGAAGUACCGCGACGAGCUGGACACGCUCAACGGGAACAUUCCGGAUCUGAACGAGCGCAUUUGCGAUCGCCGCGGUGAUCCGUGCGACGAGAUUUGCGGUGGAGCCGGUUGCGACGGCAAGUGCGGUGGAAUUACGUGCGACAAGGGAGCGCUAACCCGGUCGGAGAAGGCACUGUCGUACGCGAAGAAGACGGAGCAGACGAUCAAGGAGAAGGAGGAGCUGGCGGAUGAUAUUCUGCGAUCGAUGUCGCAAGCAAAAACCAACGCGUCGGAAGCGUUCAAGAAGGCGAAGCGGGCGCACGACAAGGCGCAAGCGCACUACAAUUUUACGCAGGACCUGAUCGAGUCGGCGAACCACGUGGUAACGAACCUGACCGACAUCAUCGACAACAACACGGCCACGCCGGAGAAGAUCCGCGAGCUGGCGGAGCAGAUCCAGCAGUACACGCUGCAGCUGCAGCCGGACCAGAUCCAAACGCUGGCCGAGCAGAUCGACGAGGCGGUGUCGCACCUGGAGAACGUGGAGUCGAUCAUCCGGAACACCGAGCACGAUCUGGAGCGGGUGGAGCAGCUGAAGGAUUACGCGCUGGAUACCAAGAACCGUGCCGAGAAGGUAUUGGAGGACGCCCUGGAUGUAACGAACGCUUUGGACGACGCUGAUGAAGCCCAGAAGAAGGCAAGACAGUCGAUCAAGCGCGCCAACGAGGAUAUUCAGUCUGCGAAGAUCGAUUUGGAGGAGAUCGACAAGGAAACGGACGACGCGCACAACCGGGCCAACGUGACCGCCGGCAAGGUGGACGAGCUGAAGACGCGCCUCAACAAGCUGCACGUGAGCAACGUGCAGAACCAGCAGGACGCCGAAGAGAUCAUCAAGCAGGCGGAAACGGUCAAGGAGUCCGCCAACAAUGCGCACGAUCUGGCGACUCAGCUGAAGGACACGUACAAAACGGCGAACGCGACGCUGACCGCAAGAUCGAACGCGUCCGAGAGUGCACGCGAGCGGGCCCAGAACCUGCUGAACCGUGCCUCCAAGAUCACCGUUGAGACCACCAAUCAGCUCAAGAAAUUGCAAGAGCUGCACAAAACGUACGAGUCGAACCAGAAGGACCUGGACUCGCUCGAGAGCAAGAUCCAGGGCCUGACCGAGCAGAUCAACACGCACCUCAACAAGAUUCAGAGUGACGCCGACCGGUACCGCCAGUGCACGACGUGAAACGUCGAACGGUAGAGAAGCAAAUAAAGCGCAAUUCAACGAAAGAAAAAUUUGUGUUCAAAAUAAGAGGAGAGAAUCGAAAUAAGUGUUUUUUUUUUCUGUGUAACUUUCGGAAACCGUGUUUUGUUCAAGAGUUUAACAUUUUGUAAACUGCUAUUACCCUGCUAGAAUUAGUCGCGAGUCUACGAGAAGUUUGAGUCCGAGAAUUUUUGUAAUCAGUUAAUGUUUUGUUUGUCAACGUUUCGUACAACGCAGUGUGUUCCAAAAUAUAGACAAAAAAAAAUUGUGGCAAACCACACCGAAGAAAUACAUUCAAAAAAGUGCCAAAAAGUAAAACGAUAGACUAAAUCUGCUUCCAUUAAUGUGUCCUUUUUUAAAAUAAACCCUAGUUAUCCGCAAAUAUGCCUAAAUAAUAAAAGUUUAAACAAAUAAACAAGCAACUGUAUUAUGUAGAAGAAAUCUCACUCGCCGCUUGAACAAUCACUCCUGGCACACGUGUGUAAAACAAACUACUGACAAACGCUAACACAAGUGCUUUUUUUAAAUUAGUUUCUUUCUAAGAGGUCAUACAAGAAUGCCAUUUAGUCUUACCAGUGGGUAACCGUGUAGUGCUUAAGAAAACCGCGAAAACAACAAUCAAACGAAUUAAAUUUCUGGCAUUUUUUUAAACAUAAAAUGAGCGAGAAGUGAACUUGCACUGCGCAAAUAACACAAAUAACAAACAACAAACACACACCAAUCAGAGAUGUUGUAUAACAGAAGAACAACGAGCAACGAAACUUUUAGCCAGUAAGUUUUAACUAGCAAUACUUAGUAAGAGUACUAGCGAUAGAAGGAGGAAACGCGUAAACGAAACAACUGUGCGAAAUAGUCAUAACGAUUUCACUGCUAAUAAAAACGUAAUAUUCCGGUCGUAAAUAAAAUAUAUGUAUGUAGUGUUUAACCAACA